UCUGGGUCCUUUCUCAGUGCUGUCGAGUGCGGGAGGCUGUCCAUUACGGCUCCAUGCUGAGGCUGCCCUGGUGAGGGUCGGCAGGUUGCUCUGUACGCCGAUUCAUGAUUUUCUGCUGUUUCUUGGCAAAAAUGGCAACUAAUAGUGCUGUUCUGAAGAGACUGGAACAGAAGGGUGCAGAAGCAGAUCAAAUUAUUGAAUAUUUAAAGCAGCAAGUUGCUCUUCUUAAGGAGAAAGCAAUUUUGCAGGCGACUUUGAGAGAAGAGAAGAAACUUCGAGUUGAAAAUGCUAAAUUAAAGAAAGAAAUUGAAGAAUUGAAACAAGAGCUAAUUCAGGCAGAAAUUCAAAAUGGAGUGAAACAAGUACCAUUUCCAUCUGGUACUCUGCUGCAAGCUAAUUCCACUGUUUCUGAAAAUGUGAUACAGUCUAGACCAAUAACAACUAUGACUUCUGCUACCAAAGAACAGAUAGGAAGAGGAGCAGAAGAAAAGAAGAUGAAAGAGAAAAUUGAAGUGAAAGGAGAGAAAAAGGAGAAAAAACAGCAGUCAGUAGCUGGAAGCAUUGACACUAAGCCAGUAGAUGUUUCUCGUCUGGAUCUUCGAGUUGGUUGUAUCAUCACUGCCAGAAAACAUCCUGAUGCAGAUUCUUUAUAUGUGGAAGAAGUAGAUGUUGGAGAAACAGCCCCAAGAACAGUUGUCAGUGGCCUGGUGAAUCAUGUUCCUCUUGAACAGAUGCAAAAUCGGAUGGUGAUUUUACUUUGUAACCUGAAACCUGCAAAGAUGAGGGGGGUAAUAUCUCAAGCAAUGGUGAUGUGUGCUAGUUCACCUGAGAAGGUUGAAAUCUUGGCACCUCCUAAUGGGUCUGUUCCUGGAGACAGAAUUGUUUUUGAUGCUUUUCCUGGAUUUGAAGAAUUUUAACAUUGGACUAAGAAAAUGUGGGUGAAAGCAUGGGAUUAAUUUUCUCGAAAUUUGCUCACCCCUCCUAAUCAAAAGUAGACUAAUCUAAAAAAUAAAGGGAUUGUUUAGCAAGUAUCUGUGGCUUUGAAUGGAUGUAAAUGUCUUGAUUGUCUAGAUUGGAAACCAUAAUGGUCUGUGUUCUAAGACUCUUUCUUGUUAAACUAGAUUUUGGGAAAAUCCCAUUUAGAAUAAUUUCUUAAAGCAGCAUAAUGGCCUUUGGUUCUAGGAGCAUAUGAUUAUCACUCUGCUACCACAAUAUCAGAACACCUCUCCAAACCUCACACUUGGAGGUAAAUCAUCAUUUGUAUACCUGACAAACCUGAAAUUCUAUUGAGAAGUCUUACUCACUAAACUGGGAUAGAAUGACAGUAAAAGUAAACGUUUUCUUUUAAAAUUCAGCAUGCAUUUUUUAAAAAGGAAAUUCUUGUUACCUUUCCAACUUAAGAUUUGCCUUUCUUUCUAUUUAAACACUUAAGAUUUAGUACGUUUUCUUUAGGUUUUAUUUUCUGAUGUAAAUUGUAAGAGUUACAUGCUUAGAACUGGAAGAAAUAAUCUACUUUAACCCACUAUUUUACUGAUUUAAUUUGGGGUGUAACAAAACUUAGCUACUUUCUUAACGUCAUAUAGAGUUUAGUGACGAGAUCAAACAAUAAAUGUGCCAGAAUUUCUAAUACUGUAGCAUUUUUGUUUGUUGAUUGUUGCUUGCUGGGAAUUAAUACAGACUAUUUCAUUAAUGAAUGCUUAUAUUCUUUUAUUUCUGUGACUGUUUUCAUUCCCUUAUCCAAAAGAAUUAACAGGUGAUAUUUCAGCCAUUGAAUCAGCUUUAUCAGAAUGCUGUUGAUGAAUAAAUUGAAAGAUUUUCUUUAGUCAGUGACUUAGCAUUAGAGAUGCUAAUAGCCCCAUAUGGAUUUCUUCUCCUCACUAUAUUCUUUAAUCUAUCUGUUUGGCUCGUUGUGUGUUUAUAUUUACAUUGUUCCAAAGUCAGAUAUUUCGUGCAAAUUCAUAGUUUCUCCUUGUGCUUCAGCACAUGGAUUUGUGGAGAAGGUAUGAAAAAUAGUUGUAAAGUGAAAAGAAACAAUAAAAUGAAAUGAAUAAAAUAAAAUGAAA